AUGCAGAAUGCUGCCAGAAGACAAACCAUUAAGAGUCAAGGAAUAUUACAGAUAAAUGGCACAGUCUAUGAAAUCAAGCCCAAGAGCCUUUCUUCCACAUUUGAACAUUCAGUUCACAAGAUAGACAGUGAGGAGACAGAAUUACUCCCCAUGAGAUGUGCAUUGACAGAAGAAGAGAUACAGCAAAUGAAGCUUCAGAAGAAUGAGAAGCCCACUCUGAUGCAAAGCCACGAUGAGGGAUGGUGGACCCACAAGUGUUUUCUUGACCUGGCAUUGGUUGUUGACCGUGAGCGGAUUCGUUAUCAUAACAAUAAUACAUCACAUGUGUUAGUGGAAAUAUUCACCAUUAUCAAUAUUAUAAAUGAGAUUUAUUUUGCACUGGAUAUUGAGGUACUUUUAAUUGGAGUUGAGAUGUGGAAUGAAGGAAACCAUGUGCCAGUGGAUAGAAUGGAAAUUCUUCUAGAAGAAUUUUGUGUUUGGAAGACUAUCAGUCUUAAUAUUCGUAUUCCAAAUGACAUUGCACAUAUUUUUGUGAAUCGUUAUUUUGGUAAUCUCCUUGGUUUAGCUUAUGUUGGAUCUGUCUGUGUGCCAUCUCAUAAUUGUGGAGUUGAUCGUCUGUUAGGACGUAAUCUUUGGUUUUUUGGACAUAUUAUAGCACAUGAGAUGGGUCAUAAUUUGGGUAUGCGGCAUGAUAGCAGCUCAUGUACAUGUGGAAGUAAGAAUUGCUUAAUGUCUCCAACAUACAAUGCCAACCCUGAGUUCAGUAACUGUAGUUAUGCUGCAUUUUGGACAACAUUUGCUACUACCAAUUGUUUGCGCAAGGAAAAGAAAUCAAUAGGCAUCUUUGGAACCCAGUUCUGUGGGAAUGGAGUGGUUGACGACGGAGAGCAGUGUGAUUGUGGAGACUGGCAUAUGUGUAGAGCGGACCAGUGCUGUAACCCCAGCUGCACCCUCAAAGCUGGGGCUGCCUGUGCUUUCGGGCUUUGCUGCCUACAUUGCCAGAUCUUGCCAGCAGGCACACUUUGCCGACAAGAGGUCAACGAAUGCGACCUUCCAGAAUGGUGCAAUGGACAGUCACAUAAGUGUCCUAAUGACGUUUAUUUGCUUGAUGGGAGUCCCUGUAAAGAUGGUGGCUACUGCUAUGAAAAGAGAUGCAAUAACCGAGAUGAACAGUGUAAGCAAAUCUUUGGCAAAGAAGCCAGGAGUGCAGCUCACAGUUGCUACAGAGAACUCAACACCCAAGGUGACCGUUUUGGCAACUGUGGUAUGAUUAGAAAUGCAUACUUAAGAUGUCAUGACUCAGACAUCCUCUGUGGCCGAGUUCAGUGUGAGAACGUAAGAGGCAUUCCAUAUUUGAGGGAGCAUUCCACUGUACUAUGGACUCACCUCAAUGGUGUCACCUGUUGGGGAACUGACUACCAUUUUGGGAUGACAAUCCCUGACAUUGGUUUUGUGAAAGAUGGCACAGACUGUGGUCCAGAGCAUGUGUGUAUCAAUAAGAAGUGUGUCAAUAAGUCAAUGUGGCUAGAUCAAUGUUCACCCAAGACAUGUACUUUGAAAGGUGUGUGCAACAAUUUACAUCACUGCCACUGCAACCAUGGGUGGGAUCCACCACGUUGCCUAGAAAGUGGCUUUGGAGGGAGUGUUGACAGUGGCCCUCCACCUGGGGAAAAAGAGGAACCCCCGCAACAUAUGAGCCUGGAAGUGACCACUUUGAUUCUUUUUGUUACUUUCAUAUUUGUUAUGAUACCUUGGGUUUUGAAUAGGUAUGCAACAGCAUCAAAGAUCGAGGAACCCACUGUUUCCACUUCAGAGGAGGAAGAAGGGAGAGAUGUGGCAAGCAAUGAGUCAGAGCAGCAACAGGUUGAAAUAUAAAAAGUAAAACAUUAUAAGCCUUCAUGUAGUACCAUGUAUCAUCUUGGCAUGUGCAGCAUUGCAUGUUUUAAAAUUAGCUGACCGAAAGUUCUAGAGAUAUUUAAUAUUUCAGCAUAAAAAAAUCAGCAUUCAAUAAAAGUACACGUCCUGGUA